CUGACCAUCACUCUAUUAGAAGUCAACUGUGAGUGUUACUGGAAUUCUGCAUAGGAUGAGACCAAGUGGACGGCUCCUUUGGCAUCUGUGUGGUGAAGGAUGACACUAAAAUCAGCAUCGAACCACAUAUCAACGUAGGAAGCAGAUUUCAGGCGGAGAUCCCAGAACUGCAAGAGAAGCCGCUGACCAGAGUAGAUGAGAAUGUAGCUUCUCUGGUCUGGAAGCCAUGGGGAGAUGUGAUGACCAAUCCAGAGACCCAGGACAGAGUGAUGGAACUCUGCAACGUAGCAUGCUCCAGUGUGAUGCCAGGAGGGGGCACCAACCUGGAGCUUGCCCUGCACUGCCUGCAUGAUGCCCAGGGCAGUGUUCAGGUUGCCCUGGAGACUCUGUUACUCAGAGGACCCCAGAAGCCCCGGACUCACCCGCUGGCUGACUAUCGCUAUACAGGGUCAGACAUCUGGACCCCUAUGGAGAAGAGGCUCUUCAAGAAGGCAUUCUGUGCCCACAAGAAGGACUUUUACCUGAUACAUAAGACGAUCCAGACUAAAAGUGUAGCACAGUGUGUUGAGUACUACUACAUCUGGAAAAAAAUGGUUAAGUUUGACUGUGGCCGAGCUCCUGGGCUGGAGAAGAGGGGCAGAAGAGAGCUGGAUGAGGUAGAAAGGACUGAAGACAAGGUGACUUGCAGCCCUCGAGAAAGACCCACCCACCGUCCAACUCCUGAAUUAAAGAUAAAGACCAAGAGUUACAGGAGGGAGUCUAUCCUUCACUCCAGCCCAAGUGCAGCCCCCAAGCGCACUCCUGAGCCUCCAGGGAGUGUGGAGAGCCAGGGCGUGUUCCCUUGCAGAGAGUGUGAGAGGGUGUUUGACAAGAUCAAGAGUCGGAAUGCCCACAUGAAGCGCCACCGCCUCCAGGAGCAUGUGGAACCCGUUAGGGUGAAGUGGCCUGUGAAGCCCUACCCGCUGAAGGAAGAAGAGGAGGAAGAGGAAGAAGAGCUGGGGGCCGACAUGGGUCCCCUGCAGUGGUGACUUCUUGCUAGAAGUUGGUCUGCAAGGAGAGGGGAUCCAGCUCUGAACCAGUGCCCUGAGCCCCCGAGAAGUGUUUGGGGCACUCUUAUCCUCUCUGUCCUCUCACUUCUAGUCUUGCUAGCGAGUUUGGCUAGCAUUUGGACAUGAACAGGCAGAAGCUCUCAAGGUAGCUCUGAAGUCAUGUGGGUAACCAGAGGCUCUAUUCUCUCCUGGUUAAUAGUUGCUUACUUGCAGUCCCAGUCACUUGGAGCAGGGGACCCUAGGAAGCAGAAGGUUUGGUCUAGGUGGCAUUUAGCCCUGAGCUGUAGGCAUGGGACUGACAUUGGUUAGAGACAAUCGUAAGGACACCUGAGAUACAGUGAGCUGGGCCCUCCUUGGGGCAGGGCCUCCCUGCAUUCCCACCAUCCCUAGUCUUGCAAUGACUGUAUAUUGUUAGGUGUAUUUUUUACAUGUCUGCUUGUAUCUUAUUAAAUUGGGUUCUUAAAGAGCUGUCUUCCAACUCCUAAGCCUGUGUGCUCUGCAGAAGCUUCAGGGCCAUAGCAGGGGCCAGGAAGUGAGCAGAGAGAGGAGAGAAGGUGGGCACAGUCAGCUGUGCUCGGUUUAGCAGCACACAGCAGUUCUUCUGAGUCUGUAGAUGGGCAUACACACACAACAGUGAAAGCCCCUUCAUCAUAGAGCUUCAUUUUAGGAGGGGUCUUGUAGCAGUUGUGAAUAAGCACACAUCUGAGAAGGUAGUGACAGGAGGCAUGGUCUGGCCAUGAUAAUGGGGUCAGUUAGACUGAAGCUAGAAAAGCAUGUGUGGCUGUAGCUGCUCAACCUGAAAUGAAGGAGAAGGACCUUGUCAGCAGGCAGCCUUGUCAGCAGGCUGAAUGAUGCCAUGUCAGGUCAGAGACAUCUACACGAACCCCAACUUGCAAGAGCCAUGCCUUGCCUCCUGUGUUCCAGGGCCCCAUCCCAGCACUACAGAAAGGGUCUCGACAUCUCAGUUACAGCUUGAAGGCGGCAGGGGUGGGGGUUGAUUUUGGAGCUGUUGAGACAUCCUGUUUGAGGGAAAUGAGGGGUACAGGGCAGCCCAGGAACCAGAAUGGCUCUCUUCCUUCCUACUUGAACAUUUUUUCCCAAUGUGUGUAGUGGGUAAAUGAGGAAAUGCACUUUUCUUGGUGGGCAUUCCCAGUGGCAUGAGCAUUGCUCUACCACUUUUCCACUGCUCUACCCUGAAGGACCCAACCCCAUGAGUGGAAGUGCAAGUCUGGCCUUAUGGGUUGAGGGUAUAUAGUCAUCUAUUGCUGCAUAGCUCAUAGUCAUCUAUUGCUGCAUAGCUCAUUGUUCCAAAAAGAUGAGACCAUGCAGCAAAUGGAAGGGGAACCAUAACUGCUUGUGGCCCUCCAGACUCACCAGCUCCGGGGUCAGAGCACAGUCGGGAGCACAGUUAUAUUUGGGAGAGUGCUCAAUGGGAAGGAGGUGGGGGUGGGGAGAUGUCUUUUGCCUUUUCCUGUCCCCCAACACUCAACUCACAUAACACUUUCCUCAAAUGUUCUCUGCUAAUCAGUAAACUUCAGUAAAGAAGAAAUACAGAUCCUUGCACCACAGCACACCGUUGGGACUGAAAUCGCUGUGGACAGGGCCUUAGAAUAACGAGAUUUACAGAAAACUAGCAUAGUACCAAAAGUUCUCACAUAGCCAGUUUCUCAUAUAGUAAAAUGUUGCUCUUACUAUAGUGUAGUGUAUUUACUACAGCUACUGAACCACUAUCAAUAACUGCCCAUGCUUUAUUUGGACUUUUUUUUUUUCACUAAUUUUUAACAAUGUUUAAUGUGUAGGCCAGGGGUUGAUGUCGGGAGUCUUCUUCAGUUGUUCUGCAUCUUAUUUUUUGAAACCAGGUCUCUUUCUGACCCUGGAGCUCAUUGAUUCUGCCAGACUUGCUGGCCAGCAAGCUCCAGGCAUAUGCCUGUCUCCCACUCACCCAUUCCUGUCACAGCUACACGCUGACACACCCAGCUUUUUACAUGGGUCUGGGUAUCCAGUGCCAUUCUGUGUGUGGCACUGCAAAAUACUCUAAACGCGUUGUGUGCGUAGGUUAGAGAACAGUUUGGAGG